AGCGAUCUAUCAAAGGUUUGAUUUUGCCUGUGCCAUGGAGGGAUUCUGGUUCUUGGAGGAAAGUGCUGCGUAAAUUGAAGAGACCUAAGCAAAAGCGACACGAUGCGCUCCUGGGGGAACUGGGAGUGGUGCGGCAAACUGGGCCAGGGCGGAUUCGGCGAGGUGAACCACUGGCGGCACAAGACUACGGGCCGCGAAAUCGCCACCAAGCAUAUCUUGGAUUUGGAAUCCCUAACAGCCGAUCAGCAGGUCAAGCUCAGCGAACGCUGGAACAAGGAGUUCAACUGGGCCCGCCAGUUCCAGCACUUCCCGCACAUUGUGGCCGGAGUGAUCCUGGACGAGGAGGAUGCGGCCUACCUUAAUGACAGGCACAUUGCAAAGCUGCCUGUGAUCGUGCUGGAGUACUGCAACGGUGGGGAUGUGAGGAAGCGACUGCAGAGUCCGGAGAACGUCAACGGACUGGUCGAGUUCGAGGUGCGCCAGAUCCUGGGAGCUCUGCGCCAGGCCCUGCACUUCCUGCACUCUCAGUGUGGGAUAUGCCAUCGCGAUUUGAAACCGGAUAAUAUCGUUAUCCAACGCGGAGCCGAUGGCACAAAGGUGUAUAAGCUUACCGACUUUGGGCUGGCGCGUGGAGCUCCGGAUAAAACAAUGCUGCAGAGCGUGGUGGGCACACGACACUACUUUGCCCCCGAGGUGGUGGAGUCGGGCAUUUACAACUCGGCCGUGGACUACUGGUCGCUCGGGAUCAUCGCCUACGAGCUAACCACUGGCGAGCUGCCGUUCAUCCCCCAUCAAACGCCCAAGAACAUAUUAAUCAACCUGCUUGGAAAGCCCGUCGAAUGUAUUGCCAUAACGGAGGAUCCAGAAAAUAAGGGGCGCUUUGUGAACCACUUUCGUCUGCCUCAGGAGCACCAUCUGUCGCGGCCCUGGGCCGAGAAGUUCACCCAAUGGCUUCGCCUCCCUUUGAACACAAACUACAAGCAACGAGGCCAAAUAGCAACUGAUGAAGUACAAUCAGUUCCAGUCGUCUUCACUGAGCUAGACAAGCUGCUCAGCACCAAGGUGCUUACAAUUUUUGCCAUCAACUGCUGCAAGCAGCUUGGAUAUGUGGUUACUCCUGAGAUGACCAUGCCGGAUCUUAUUGACUUGAUUGUUCAGGACACCGGAAUGAACGGCAAGGAAUUGUAUUGCGUGCUGCCUACUUUCCAUCCUCACAAGCGGAUGACGCCUCUCACCAGGCCUUGGGAUCUGUAUGUAGAGGAGUGGAGCGAUACCAGCAAGGACUCGCGCAAGUCGGCCAAGCGCAACAAUCCGCCUGUGAUGUUGUACGUCUUUCAGGCAAAAAAGGACUGUGACUAUAGUGUGCCCGAGCCCAGCCUGUCAAUAUUGGCUCGGAUGUUUAUGUCCAAGAAGAUAGUGGCGGAGGAAAGAUGGCUGCUCAAACGUGUGGCAAUGGACAUGCUCUUCGUGCUCACCAAGGAGCAGGCGAUCAUUGAAAUGUUUGUGUCCGGGGUUAACGAGCACGCGCUGUCUUUAGAGGACGAAAUAGUCGCCAAUACGUUCAUGCACAUGAUAAAUGCGGAGCUCCUCACAACCUCUUUUGCCUACGAGCAGUUGAAGAAGUUGCGAGAAUCAGCACAUGUGAUCAACGCCUGUCCAGAGUGGCAGAAGCUAACGCAAAAACAUGACGAUGUCAUAGUAAAGACCAAAGAGGUUAAAUCUCACUUGGAAUCCAACUUGCGUGGAGCUCAGGACAUGGUGAAAAGCGCCAAUCAACUUUUAAAGGAUCUCGUCGGCAAAGAUAUAUUCGAUGCCAAUCGAUUUUACAAGCAACAUCUUUGCAAUGGAGGGGUAAUUUCACCGAAUGAAUUGAUGAAAGCAUCCGUUGAGUUCGCCAAAACUCGUAGCGUGCUGCAAAAUAGGGUCACGACGCUGUCCAAAACUAUCGAUAAGCUGCACUUCUAUUUUGUCAAGAACAAGGCGUUCGUCCUGGACCUUUUAAAAUUAUUUCAGGAAAUUAAGAGCGAUAUAUUUGCGCUUAAUUUGAAAAUGCUGUCGCCCGUUACAAUCGCUCCACCUCCGAUGCUUCAGCUGAGCGCUGCUAUGGACCGUAUGACCAUGAGCUCUGGUUUACCCAGCUCGGAUCCCUUUGACUCUCUUGGCACGAUCAGUGUUAUCGACGAGGCUGAAAGGAUUAACAGCAUGCUUGUUCGUGAAAUGGAGGUCGACCACUGCUAAUCCUUCCUGUGAAAGUCUCAAAUAAUUUAAUCAAACUGGCAUCACCAUGUGACCUUACGAAAUUAUUGAUUAAAUUUCGAUUUUAUUUUGUUAUUGCAUACCUAAUUGGAUAUUUUCGUAGCUUUAAAGGUUUCAUAGAAACUUUGAUGAGUGUUUCCCUUCUGAGACCGCUUUGUAUUUUGUUCUGUAAUGCUGCUUUUGUUAUGUGCAUGUUUGAACGCAAACAUUAAACAAAAAUGUCUGUUUAAAAAAGGA